CAAGAAAGACAGAGGAAAGCAACAGCAUCCCAGCCCCAGUCCUUACAGCUCCUCCAUCUGCACAGCGGAGCUGGACGGACCAGCCAGGAUGUGGAGAGCACUGCUACUUAAACUAUUUUUUGUCCUUAUAUGCUGUGUUACAUGGCACCACUCUGAAGGAUGUGAAUUGGGGCAGUUCCGCUGCGGGACAGGUCGAUGUAUCCCCGGUGACUGGCACUGUGACGGGACGUCAGACUGCGUCGAUGACUCUGAUGAGCACGACUGCCCUCAGGUAACGUGUGAUAGCAGCCAUUUCCAGUGUCUGAGUGACGGCGAGUGUAUCCCAAACCUAUGGGUGUGUGAUGAUGAGGAAGACUGUGAGGAUGGCUCAGAUGAGAGACAGCACUGCCCUGGAAGGACAUGCACCAGUGGCCAGUUCAGCUGCAGUAAUGGUGCGUGCAUCCCAGGAGAGUACCAAUGUGACCGUCUGGCAGACUGCUCAGAUGGUUCCGAUGAGAGAAAUUGCCAUUAUCCCGAGUGUACACAGCUGAGGUGUGCCAAUGGGGCCUGCUACAACCGGACCCAGAGAUGUGACCAGAUACUUGACUGCCGCGAUGGCUCUGAUGAGGCAAACUGCACACAGCGCUGCAAUGCGGGCCUGUUUUCAUGUCAUAAUGGGAUGUGUGUCCCUCAACGCUACGUCUGUGACCACGACGAUGACUGUGGAGACCGAAGCGAUGAGCUUAACUGCACAUAUCCUACAUGUAGAGGCAACUACUUCACGUGUCCCAGUGGCCGCUGCAUCCAUCAAGUCUGGCUUUGUGAUGGAGAGGAUGACUGUGAAGAUAAUGCAGAUGAAAAAGGCUGUGAUAAUGUACAACGGGAGUGUUACCCAGGAGAAUGGCCAUGUCCAUCUUCUGGCCUGUGCAUCCCCUUGGAUAAGCUUUGCGAUGGGACGCCUAACUGUCCAGAUGGAGAGGAUGAAACUAACACCGCCGCUGGACGCAACUGCAGUAUUUGGAGAUGUGCCUCCCUGAGCUGUGAGCAUCACUGCCAUGCUUCUCCUGAUGGUGGAACUUGUUCCUGUCCUUCUGGAUACAUUGUCAACAGCAACAACAGUCGCACAUGUAUAGAUUUUGACGACUGUUCUAUGUGGGGCGUGUGCGACCAGCUGUGUGAGGACCGGAUCGGCUCCCAUCGUUGCAGCUGUCGAGAGGGCUACAUCCUGGAGCAGCACAGAUACUGCAGAGCUGAUUCCUCUACUGGAGUCCCUUCCUUGAUAUUUUCUAAUGGCAGAGACCUGCUGAUAGGUGACAUCCAUGGCAACAAUCUGCGCACUUUAGUUAAUUCACAGAACAGAGGGAUUGCAGUGGGAGUCGAUUUUCACUACAAUCUUAAUAUGAUCUUCUGGACGGAUACCAUCCAGAAUAAGGUGUUUUCCGUGGAUAUGGCCGGUUCCAACAUGCAGGUGGUUUUAAAUGUAUCAGUUGACUACCCUGAGAAUUUGGCAGUGGAUUGGGUGAACAAUAAACUGUAUGUAGUGGAGGCCAGCGUCAACAGGAUUGACAUGGUGGACUUUGAUGGAAGUAACCGGGUCACACUCAUCACUGAAAACCUCGGAAACCCUAGAGGACUGGCGGUGGACCCCACUGUCGGGUAUAUGUUCUUCUCAGAUUGGGAGUCACUGAAUGGACAACCGGGCCUGGAGCGGGCCUUCAUGGAUGGAACCAACCGCUAUGGUAUCAUUAGCAGUAAACUGGGCUGGCCAGCUGGUAUCACACUAGACAUAGAAGCUAAGCGCGUCUACUGGGUUGAUAGCCGCUAUGACUACAUUGAAACUGCAACCUAUGACGGCUUGCAUAGAAAAACAGUGGUUCACGGAGGUACUGUGAUCCCUCAUCCAUUUGGCAUCAGUCUGUUUGAGCACAAUGUCUAUUUCACGGACUGGACCAAGAUGGCUGUGAUGAAAGCCAACAAGUUCACGGAUAGCAGCUCUGAAGUGGUUUACAGAACAUCUCAGACCCCACAUGGAGUAGCAGUGAUACAUCAGCUGAAGCAGCCACAAGUUCCAAACCCUUGCAGUGUAGACAGAGGUGGAUGUGAGCAGAUUUGUGUCCUGAGUCACAGGAGUGACAAUGGAGGCCUGGGUUACCGCUGCAAAUGUCGCAUGGGCUACGACCUGCAUGCUGAUGGCAAGCGAUGUUUAGCCGUGAGACAGUUCCUGCUGUUCUCCAGCCAGCUGGCUAUAAGAGGGAUCCCCUUCAACCUCUCUACUCAAGAGGACAUCAUUCUCCCUGUUACUGGAUCCCCCUCCUACUUCGUUGGAGUGGAUUUUAGUGCUGAGGAUGAUGCCAUCUUCUUCUCAGACACAGCCAAAGAUAUUAUCUAUAAACAGAAAGUGGAUGGGACAGGCAGGGAGGUACUGGCAGCCAACAGAGUAGACGGAGUGGAGGACCUGGCUUACGACUGGAUUUCAAAGAACCUCUACUGGACUGACCCCCGAUAUAGAAGCAUAUCCGUCAUGAAGCUAGCUGAUAAGUCCAGGAGGGCCAUCAUUCGUAACCUCAAUAACCCCAGAGCUAUUGUGGUGCAUCCUCUUAUUGGGUAUAUUUUUUGGACUGACUGGUACCGGCCAGCGAAGAUUAUGAGAGCUUGGGGUGAUGGGUCACAUGCGCUGUCUAUCGUAAACACUACUCUUGGUUGGCCAAAUGGCCUAGCUAUCGACUGGAGUUCUAUGCGUCUGUAUUGGGUGGAUGCAUUCUUUGACAAAAUAGAGCACAGCAACUUUGAUGGACGGAACAGACUUUCUUUGGACCGCAUAUCCCAGAUCUCCCAUCCAUUUGGGCUCACCAUUUUUGAAGGCUAUGCAUAUUUCACUGACUGGCGCAUGGGAAGCAUUGUACGUGUGCGCAAGACCGACGGUGGGGAGAUGGUCAUUAUCAGAAGAGGCAUUAGCGGCAUCAUGCAUGUCAAAUCUUUCAACUCCAACUCUCAGAUUGGUUCCAACCUCUGCAACAGGCCAGCAAAUCCUAAUGGAGACUGCAGCCACUUCUGCUUCCCAGCCCCAGACUCGCAGAGGGUGUGUGGCUGCCCAUAUGGCAUGAAGCUGUCGCCAGACCAACGGGCUUGUGUGGAGGACCUUUCCAAUGAGCCCCCCACACUGCAGUGCGGGGCCAACUCUUUCUCCUGUGGCAACGGCAAAUGCAUCCCAAACAGCUACAGAUGCGAUGGUGUUGAUGAUUGCCAUGACAACAGUGAUGAAGUCAACUGUGGCAUUAAUAACACCACUUGUUCCCCCUCUGCGUUCACCUGUGCCAAUCAGCGCUGCGUGCCUGCAGGAUGGCGCUGUGAUGGGCAAAAUGACUGUUUUGAUAACAGCGAUGAGAUCAACUGCCCAACACACGUGCCUGGAACGUGCCCUGCCAAUCAGUUUACCUGCGCCAACCACCGCUGCAUCCCACACACCUGGCGUUGCGACACUGAUAACGACUGUGUCGAUGGUUCGGAUGAAGUUGAUUGCAAUCUGGGAAACACGUGCCAUCCGGGACAGUUUCAGUGUCCAGACCACCGCUGUAUAGAUCCUAACUAUGUCUGUGAUGGAGACAGGGACUGUGUGGAUGGGGCGGAUGAGCAGGGAUGCAUAUACAACUGCACCAUGAAUGAGUUUAAGUGCUCCAGGGGUCACCAGUGUAUCAACUCCUACUACCGAUGUGAUGGAGUCUUUGACUGCAGCGAUCGCUCAGAUGAGCAGAACUGUCCUACCAGGCCCCCAGGGAUGUGCCACCAUGAGAGUGAGUUUCAGUGUCAAUCAGACGGAAGCUGCAUCCCAUCUUCAUGGGAGUGUGACGGUCAUCCAGACUGCGAGGAUGGCAGUGACGAGCACCACGCCUGCCCACCUCGCACCUGCCCCUCCUCGCUGUUCCGUUGCGAUAACGGAAACUGCGUGCUUCGCAGUUGGAUUUGCGAUGGGGACAACGACUGCAGGGACAUGAGUGAUGAAAGAGACUGUCCCACACCACCUUUCCGGUGUCCAAGCUGGCAGUGGCAGUGUCCCGGCCACAGUGUGUGCAUAAACCUCACCACAGUGUGCGACAACACUCCUGACUGCCCCAACGGUGCUGACGAGUCUCCCCUUUGCAAUGAACCUUUGCCAGAUCAGGAGAGCUGCUCAGACAACAAUGCUGGUUGCACCCAUGGAUGUAUCCAAGGUCCAUUUGGGGCCCAGUGCACAUGCCCUGUGGGUUAUCAGCUUAGCAAUGACUCCAAAACUUGUGAGGACAUUGAUGAAUGUAAUCCCCCUGGACUGUGUAGCCAGCACUGCUUUAAUGAGAGAGGCUCUUUCCGCUGCCACUGCCAGGAUGGUUACACUCUUGAAGCAGACCAGCGUACCUGCAAGGCCUCAGAUUCUCGUCAGGCUUUCCUGUUGGUGGCAAGUCGGAAUCAGAUUGUGCAAGAUGACAUUACCACCCAACCCAACGUAGUCCGGUCCCUUGUUCGAGAUGGACGCAACAUUGUGGCCCUAGAUUUUGACUCGGUCACUGAGCGGGUCUACUGGUCUGAUACGAGCCAGGACAGAAUCUGGAGUGCUCACAAAAAUGGCAGCGACAGAGUCGUGAUAUUCGACAGUGGAGUUACUGUGACAGAGAGCCUGGCUGUGGACUGGGUGGGGAGGAACUUGUACUGGACUGACUACAUCCUGGAGACAAUUGAAGUGUCUAAACUGGACGGCACCCACCGAACUGUGUUAGUGAGUGAAAAUGUAACCAACCCCCGAGGUCUAGUGCUGGACCCGAGAGACAGUGCUCACCUGAUGUUCUGGACCGACUGGGGGAGGAACCCCCGCAUCGAGAGGGCCAGCAUGGAUGGAAAGCAAAGAACUGUUAUCAUAAGCAGCAAACUGUACUGGCCUAAUGGUCUAACCAUAGACUACCCAAACAAUUUGUUGUACUUUGCCGAUGCCUACUUGGAUUUCAUUGACUACUGCGAUUAUAACGGCAACAACAGGAAGCAAGUCUUGGCCAGUGACCUGGUACUGCAACACCCCCACGCAAUUACCAUUUUUGAGGAUUUUGUGUAUUGGACCGACAGAUACAUCAACCGUGUGAUGCGAGCUCAUAAGUGGCAUGGGGAGAACCAGACAGUGAUGCUGUUCAACCUCCCUCAGCCCAUGGGUCUGGUGGCAGUGCACCCAGCCAGGCAGCCAGCAGGGGAAAAUCACUGCUUGAGGAGCUCCUGCACUCAUAUCUGCCUCCUGUCUGCUGUGGGACCGAGGUAUUACUCGUGUGCCUGCCCCUCAGGCUGGAUGCUGGCAGCGGACCAAAUCACCUGCACCAGAGUUGAGGAUCCGUUCCUGGUGGUUGUGAGAGACAGCAUCAUCUAUGGCAUUUCCUUGAACCCAGAUGACAAGAGUAAUGAUGCCAUGGUUCCUGUUGCUGGGCUUCAAAAUGGCUACGAUGUCGAUUUUGAUGACAAUGAACAGACCAUCUACUGGGUGGAGCACCCAGGUGAGAUCCACAGGGUGAAGUCAGAUGGCACUAACAGGACAGAGUUUGCCCCUGCAGCCAUUCUUGGCUCCCCGGUUGGGCUGGCCUUGGACUGGAUAACAGAGAAUCUGUACUACACCAAUCCAGCUACACAGUCUAUUGAGGUCUUAAAGCUGAGGGGGGAGGUACAGUACCGGAAAACUCUAAUCACAAAUAACGGCUCUCCAACUGGCGCUGGUAGUCCUGUUGGCAUUGCCGUGGACCCAGCACGUGGCAAACUGUACUGGACAGACCAGGGAACCGAGAGUGGCAUCCCUGCCAAGGUGGCAUCUGCAGACAUGGAUGGCUUGAACUCUGUCACCCUGUUCACCAACAAUCUUGAUCACAUUGAGUUCAUCACUGUGGACAUCCGAGAGAACAAGCUAUACUGGGCUGUAACAAGCACCGGCGUGAUUGAACGUGGCGAUCCCGACGGAAGCAACCGGAUCACCAUAGUGACAGGCCUGUCGCACCCCUGGGGUGUGGCUGUCUAUCAGAACUACCUCUAUUACACUGACCGCAACUUUGAGGUGAUAGAGCGUGUGGACAAGUCCACUGGAGCCAACAAGGUCGUGAUGCGAGACAACGUGUCUGGACUCAGAGUUCUGAAAGUUCAUUUUCGAGAGACCUCUGCAGGUACAUCUAAUGGCUGCACAAACAACGUGGGAGCGUGCGAACAGCUCUGUCUGCCUCGGCCACAGAGUCUGUUCACCUGUGCAUGUGCCACAGGUUUUAAAGUUAAUGCCGACAACAGGACCUGCUCUCCCUACCAGUCUUACGUCGUCAUCUCCACUCUAUCUGCUAUUAAAGGCUUCAGUCUGGAAGGGUCAGACCACUCUGAGGCCAUGGUGCCAGUAGCUGGAAGAGGCCGUAAUGCUUUACACAUUGAUGUCCACAUGGCUUCUGGUUUCAUCUACUGGUGUGACUUCAGCAGCACUGUGGCGAUACAGAACGGGGUCAGGCGAAUCAAGCCAGAUGGCUCAGGAUUACGUAGCAUUGUGACAUCUGGAAUCGGACGCAACGGGAUACGAGGCAUUGCUGUCGACUGGGUGGCAGGGAAUUUGUAUUUCACCAAUGCCUUCCUGACUGAGACAUAUGUUGAGGUGCUCCACCUGAACACAACUUUCCGUAGGGUGCUGCUCAAGACCCAGGUGGACAUGCCACGCCACAUCGUCGUAGACCCCAGAAACAGAUACUUAUUUUGGGCUGAUUAUGGUCAGAACCCCAAAAUUGAGCGAGCGCUCUUGGAUGGAACCAAUCGCACAGUUUUAGUAUCUUCAGGGAUCAUCACGCCUCGAGGCCUUGCUCUGGACUUUCAAACUGGUUAUGUUUACUGGGUCGAUGACUCUCUGGAUAUGAUUGCUCGAGUCAGCCCCCAAGGAGGGGAGACGGAAAUAGUCAGGUAUGGCAGCCGCUACCCAACUCCUUACGGGAUUACAGUGUUUGAGAAUAGCAUCCUGUGGGUGGACAGAAACCUGAAGAAGGUGUUCCAAGCAAGCAAAGUGCCAGGAAACACAGAGCAGCCAGCUGUCAUUAGAGACAAUAUCAAUAUGCUGAGGGACAUUACCAUCUUUGACCAGCGAACCCAGCCCACUAGUGCACAAGUGCUUAACUACAACCCCUGCCUGGAAGCCAAUGGAGGCUGUGCCCACUUCUGCUUUGCUCUUCCAGGUUCUAAUGCAGGCAGUCAGAAUAAAAAAUGCAGCUGUGCUUUUGGGAAUCUUGGAGCAGAUGGAGAAAGCUGUGUGGUGUCAAGGGACGAUUACCUUAUCUAUACUACAGAGAGCACUGUCCGGAGUCUGCGACUCGAUCCGGAUGACCACGCGCUCCCCUUCCCUGUCGUUAAUGUGCCUCGUACUUCCGUGGCACUGGAUUUUGACAUCGUGGACAGAAGGAUUUACUUCACCCAGAGCUCCGGUGCAGGAUCAAGCAAGAUCAGCUACAUCAGCCUGUCCUCUCCCAUCUCGGCUCCUGUAGUGGUGGCUUCAGAUCUCGGUGCUCCUGAUGGCAUUGCUUAUGACUGGAUAAACAGAAGAAUUUACUACAGUGACUAUGUCAACCAGAGCAUUAGCUCUAUGUCUGUUGAUGGCUCCCAAAGAACUAUAAUUGCUCAUGUGUCCAGGCCAAGGGCCAUCAUGUUAGAUCCCUGCAGGGGAUACAUGUAUUGGACAGACUGGGGAACCCAUGCAAAGAUUGAGCGUGCCACCUUAGGUGGAAACUUCAGAAUAGAGAUCGUGAACAGUAGUCUUGUGUGGCCCAAUGGCCUGACCCUGGACUAUGAAGAAGAGAGGCUCUAUUGGGCAGAUGCCAGCUUACAGAAGAUUGAGCGAUCCUCUCUUACUGGUUCCAACCGUGAAGUUAUUGUCAGCACAGCCAUCUACCCUUUUGCUAUGACCAUGUUUGGCCAGUUCAUCUAUUGGACUGACUGGAACACCCGCAGCAUCUACCGAGCCAACAAACACGAUGGUUCUGACCAGAGGGUUAUGAUCCAGAACCUUCCAUCUCGACCAAUGGACAUCCACGUUUUAGCUGGCAGAAAGCAGCAGCAGUGUGACAGUCCCUGCCAGCAGUUUAAUGGAGGUUGCAGCCACAUCUGUAGUCCAGGACCUAAUGGAGCUGAGUGUCAGUGUCCAUCAGAGGGCCGCUGGUACCUCGCCGACAACAAACACUGUAUCCCUGAUAAUGGCACUCGCUGCCAGCCAGGGCAGUUCGCCUGCAUGAAUGGCCGCUGUAUUCGAGCCCAGUGGAAAUGUGACAACGACGACGAUUGUGGAGAUGGAAGUGACGAGUUAGAAAGAGUCUGUGCCUUCCACACCUGUGAGCCUACCGUGUUUACUUGUGGCAAUGGGCGAUGCGUGCCCUACCACUACCGCUGCGACCAUUACGAUGACUGCAGGGACAAUAGCGAUGAAGUGGGCUGUCUGUUCAGACCUUGUGACCCUAACACAGAGUUUGCUUGUAACAACGGACGCUGCAUUGCAAAGGACUAUGUUUGCAAUGGUAUCAACAACUGCUACGACAACGGCACAUCUGAUGAACAAAACUGCCCGGAGAGAACCUGCCAGCCAGAGCAAACAAAAUGUCAGUCUACCAACAUUUGCAUCCCACGCUCGUAUCUGUGUGAUGGAGACAAUGACUGUGGGGAUAUGAGUGAUGAGAGUCCUACACACUGUGCUGAAUCCACAUGUUCCCAGAGCGAGUUCCGUUGCUCGAGUGGCCGCUGCAUCCCCGCCCACUGGUACUGUGAUGGAGGGGCUGACUGCAGUGACGGCUCUGAUGAACCCCUCUCCUGCACCACAUUGAUCCGAACCUGCAACACAGACCAGUUUCGCUGCGAUGAUGGCCGGUGCAUUGCCUCGUCCUGGAUCUGUGAUGGGGACAAUGACUGUGGUGACAUGAGUGAUGAAGACCAGAGACAUAACUGUGCCAAUCGCACGUGUUCAAGUGCAGAGUUCACAUGUGUGAACAACAGGCCACCUCAGCGGAAAUGUAUUCCCCGUGACUGGGUGUGUGAUGGAGAUGCGGACUGUGCGGAUGCUUUAGAUGAGCGUCAAAACUGCACGCGCAGGUCCUGCGGCAUCAACGAGUUCACCUGUAAUAAUGGUCUCUGCAUACGCAGCUCUUACAGGUGCGACCGUCGUAACGACUGUGGAGACAGCAGCGAUGAGCAGGGCUGCACGUACCAGCCUUGCCAGCAACAUCAGUUCACCUGCCAGAACGGCCGCUGCGUGUCACGUGACUUUGUCUGCGAUGGCGACAACGACUGCGGGGAUGAGUCCGAUGAGCUGGAGCACAUGUGCCACACGCCAGCACCCACCUGCCCCCCAGGAGACUUCAAAUGUGAGAAUGGUCACUGUAUCUCCUUGAGCCAGGUGUGUGACAGGAGUGAUGACUGCUCUGACAACAGCGACGAGAAAGGAUGCGGUAUCAAUGAGUGCACAGACCCAUCCAUUCACCACUGCGAUCACAAUUGCACCGACACACCUACUAGCUUCAUAUGCACCUGUCGUCCUGGCUACCGCCUCAUGUCUGAUGGCAAAACAUGCGACGAUGUCGACGAGUGCACAGAGACCCCCAGCGUGUGCAGUCAACUCUGUGAAAACACAGUUGGUUCCCACAUGUGCAAGUGUGCUCCAGGUUUCCUCCGAGAGCCGGAUGGGCGCAGCUGCCGUCAAAACAGCAACAUUUCACCGUACCUGAUCUUCAGCAACCGCUACUAUCUGAGGAACCUGUCAACAGAUGGGGCGGCCUAUUCUCUCAUUCUGCAGGGCCUGACCAGUGUGGUGGCCAUGGACUUUGAUCGCGUUGACAAGCGUCUCUAUUGGAUUGAUGUGAGCCGCAGAGUGAUAGAAAGGAUGUAUAACAAUGGCAGUAACAGAGAGGUGGUGGUUAAUGGAGUUUUGCAUGGGGAGGGCCUCGCAGUUGACUGGGUAGCCAGGAAACUCUACUGGGUGGACAGCUUCCUGGAUUGUCUCAAAGUGUCUGAACUGGAUGGUCGCUUUGUCAAGAAACUAGCUGAACACUGCGUGGAUGCCAAUAACACCUACUGCUUUGAAAACCCCAGAGGCAUUGUGUUGCAUCCCAAAUAUGGAUUUGUGUACUGGACAGACUGGGGAGACAAAGCCUUUAUAGGUCGUGUUGGAAUGGAUGGAACCAACAAAUCGGCCAUCAUCACCACAAAGAUCGAGUGGCCCAACGGUAUUACAAUCGACUACACAAACGACAGGCUCUACUGGUCCGAUGCUCACCUCAACUACAUUGAGUACUCUGACUUGGAUGGUCAGCACAGACACACGGUGUACGACGGAGACUUGCCUCACCCGUUUGCCCUGACUGUGUUUGAGGACACUGUAUAUUGGACUGACUGGAACACGCGCACGGUGGAGAAAGGCAACAAAUACGGCGGCUCCGGCCGUCAAGUACUCGUUAACACCACACACAGACCAUUUGACAUCCACGUGUACCAUCCUUACAGGCAGCCUAUUGUAAACAACCCCUGUGCGGUGAACAAUGGAGGCUGUUCACACCUGUGCUUGAUCAGUCACGGGGGGCGAGAACACACCUGUGAGUGCCCAGACCAUUUCCUGACAAUUCAAAUAGGAGGUGUGACCCGAUGCCUUCCCAUGUGCACCAGCACCCAAUACAGAUGUGCUAACAAUGAACGGUGCAUUCCUAUUUGGUGGAAAUGCGAUGGGCAGGCGGACUGCAGGGACGGCUCAGACGAGCCCUCCACCUGUCCGUCUCGGCAUUGCAGGCUUGGUCAGUUUCAGUGCAAUGAUGGAAACUGCACCAGUCCGCACUUUUUGUGUAACGCCAACCAGGACUGUCACGACGGAUCAGAUGAAGACGCUGUGCUCUGUGCUACACACAUGUGUGAGUCACACCAGUGGCAGUGUGCAAACAAGCGCUGCAUCCCUGAGUCGUGGCAGUGCGAUGGUGAGGACGACUGUGGCGAUCAGUCCGAUGAGGACCCUGCACACUGCUCCUCCAGGACCUGUCGCCCUGGACAGUUUAAGUGCCGCAAUGGACGCUGCAUCCCACAGAGCUGGAAAUGUGAUGUAGAUGAUGAUUGUGGUGACAAUUCUGACGAACCGCUGGAAGAAUGCAUGGGACCAGGAUAUCGCUGUGACAACCAUACAGAGUUUGCCUGCAGGACGAACUACCGCUGCGUGCCGCUUUGGUCUGUUUGCAACGGCCACAAUGACUGCAGAGACAACAGUGAUGAACAGGGCUGUGAUGAACUGAGCUGUGAUCCUAACGGAGACUUUCGCUGUGACAACCACCGCUGUAUCCCACUGAGAUGGAGGUGUGACGGAGAUGACGACUGUGGGGACAGUUCAGACGAGCGCAGCUGCACACCACGCGCAUGCACGGAGAGCGAGUAUCGCUGUGAUAAUCUGCGCUGCAUUCCCGACCGUUGGGUCUGUGACCAUGACAACGACUGCGAGGACAACUCGGAUGAAAGGGACUGUGAGUUGCGGAUCUGUCAUCCUGGCUACUUCCAGUGCGGCAGUGGACACUGUAUCGCUGAACGUUUCAAAUGCGAUGGGAAUGCUGACUGUCUGGACUACACGGAUGAGACGUCAUGCCCAACCCGCUAUCCCAAUGGCACAUACUGCCCCCAAUUCAUGUUUGAAUGCAAGAACCACAUUUGUGUCCCGCCUCACUGGAAAUGUGAUGGAGACAAUGACUGCGGAGACAACUCAGAUGAGGAGCUUCAUCUCUGCUUGGACAUCCAAUGUGAGGCUCCGUUUCGUUUUCACUGUGACAAUAACCGCUGCAUCUACAGCCACGAGCUGUGUAACUCAGUUGAUGACUGCGGUGAUGGCUCUGAUGAGAGGCAGGAAAACUGUCAAAAGCCAACACAUGGACCUUGUACAGAUGAUGAGUACAAAUGCAGUAACGGACAGUGUAUCCCUCUUCAGUACGCCUGUGACGAUUAUGACGACUGUGGAGAUCAAUCUGAUGAACUUGGCUGUCACCAAACCAGUGGGCACUCAUGCAGUGCUAACAUCUGUGAACACAACUGUACAGACCUGACAGGAGGAGGGUUCCUCUGCUCCUGCAGACCUGGAUAUAAGCCCAAAUCAACAGAAAGACACAACUGUGAAGAUGUGAAUGAGUGUGAGGUGUAUGGGACGUGUCCACAGGACUGCAAAAACACAAAGGGCAGCUAUGAGUGUUUCUGUGCUGAUGGCUUUCUUUCUUUUGGCGAGCCCCAUGGGACUGAGUGUGCUGCUCAAGGAAACCCGCCAGUGAUGCUUUUGCCAGACAAUGUUCGCAUCCGUCGGUAUAACCUGUCCUCUGAGCAGUAUUCAGACUAUGUAGACAACACCGAGCACAUCCAAGCCUUGGACUACCUGUGGGAUCCAGACGGUCAAGGCCUGAGUAUUGUGUACUGGACAGUUCUGGGUCGGGGAUCUCAGUUUGGCUCUAUCAAACGUGCCUAUAUGACCACAUUCAAUGAUUACGGCAACAACCCGGUGAAAGAAGUGGACCUGAAUCUGCGCUACAUUGCCAAUCCUGAUGGUAUCGCUGUGGACUGGGUUGGGAGGCACAUUUACUGGACGGAUGCUGGGACCAAUCGAAUUGAAGUGGCCAAACUUGAUGGACGGUACAGGAAGUGGUUAAUCCACACUGAUCUCGACCAGCCAGCUGCCAUUGUUGUGAACCCAUCACUCGGGAUGAUGUACUGGACAGACUGGGGCAGGAACCCCAGGAUAGAGUCCGCAUGGAUGGACGGUCAGCACAGACAGGUGUUGGUACAGAAGGAGGACCUGGGCUGGCCUACUGGUUUGACUGUGGACUAUCUGAAUGGAAACAGAAUCUAUUGGUGUGACUCCAAAGAAAACAUUAUUGAAUCCAUGAAGCCUGAUGGCACAGACAGGAGAAUCGUCAUAUCAGGAGACAUAGGACAUCCCUACAGUGUGGAUGUCUUUGAGGGACAUGUGUACUGGACAACAAAAGACAAAGGUGAAGUGUGGAGGAUAAACAAGUUCGGGAGAGGAAACAAAGUCAAAGUUCUAACCAUAAACCCUUGGCUGACACAAAUCCGAAUUUACCAGGAGCACCGACACAAUCAGUCAGUGUCCAACCCUUGUAAGAAUGUGUGCAGUCACCUGUGUCUUCUUCGACCUGGUGGAUACACCUGUGCCUGCCCGCAAGGCUCCUCUCCGGUGGAGUUUGACUCCAACGAAUGUGACGCAGCCAUUGAGGCUCCUGUUGCAAUGCCGCUUGCAUGUAGAUGCAUGAAUGGUGGAACCUGCUACACUGAUGAAGGGGGCCUGCCCAAGUGCAAAUGUCCUUAUGGCUAUGUGGGCAGCUACUGUGAGAUGGGAAAGUCGAGGGGUGCUCCAGCAGGAACAGCUGUGGCUGUUCUAUUGGCUGUCAUUAUCAUCCUGAUUACUGGAGGUUUGGCUGUUGGAGUUUUCCUCAACUACAAACGAACAGGCUCUUUCAUCCCCUCCAUGCCCAAACUACCCAGCCUCAGCAGCUUGGUGAAAUCCGCUGACACUGGGAAUGGGGUGACGUUUCGGUCGGGUGAUAAUGUGGAUCUCGGACCCUCACACAUUGGAGUGUCAUUCAUUGACACAGGCAUUCAGAUGGAUGAUAAUUUUGCCAUGGAGGUUGGGAGGCAGCCGAUUACAUUUGAGAACCCGCUGUAUGCCACUGGUCAUGUGUCCGGGGACCCUGCUGUUAUUCAUGCCACGCAGGUGACUGUGAAUGUGAGCGGUGAUCAGCGGGAGAACAACUUUGCAAACCCGGCUUACCGUGGAGACCCGAGCGUAGGCGUGGUGAACACGUCUACCGUCAGCACCCAACCUGUCCAUGAGUCAAAGUGGAGCUUAUUCAAACGAAAAUUAAAGCCAAGCACCACGUUUGAAAACCCUUCAUAUUCAGAGAUGAGGGAUGAAAAGCCCGUAGGAAGCAGCGGGGACACUUCUGCCCCUGAGCCAUCUCCGUUUGCCCCUCAGAAGAGGGAUCGCCCCAACACCUUCUCGCCUACCGAGGACAGCUUCAAAGACACGGCCAACCUCGUUAAAGAGGACAGCGACGUAUAACCCCUCUCUCGUGGACGGGAAUCGAAAAAAGAAACACACUUUGCACAGAAUUUAUUUUUUUAUGCAGCCUGUGUACAAAACUCAAAUCGUUUUAGGAGAGAGAAGUACAUUUCUAUAGAACGAAGAAAAACGUCUUCCGUGACUAUGCCUUCUGACAUUUCUUAUGCCAAUUUUGUGUUUAUGUUUUUUUUGUUUCUUUAUCCUGAUGUACGAUAUGUAUAUCUUUGCACUGAAGCUGCUGAUAGAAAUGUUAAUAAAUAUGUUGUAUAUUUGUAAAUUUGAACAGUAAGAUUUUUUUUCAGAAAUAUUCUGGAAUAGAUCCUAAAUAGUUCGGCGUAAAGAAAAUAACACGUAUAAAAGGCGAGCUGCAUUGUGAAUGUACAAAAUGAUCAAAGGAAAUUGGAGAAAUGCGAUGGGUAAUAAUAUCUGUUUCACCACUGAAUACAUACCUCAUUUCACGGCUUAAUUGAAGCAAGACAGAUUCGACUUUAUAUCUCUUCAGUAUGUGCUCCAAUAUAAACAGAUGCAUGGGCUUAAAUACGUGUGCAAAGCAUACUUUCAUCCUUCUUAAUCAAACUCAUUUUUACCUUACAUCACCUUUGCGACUAUUGUUUUUUAGUGAUAUUACUGGAAUGAAUAAUGGCCAAAUUAGUUUGGAACAGUACUUGAAUGUGCCCAAGUCUAUUGCGUGGAUAUGUAGUUGAUCAUCUUAAAGAGCAAUAUACGACCCAAGAAUGCAGAUGUAGACAUUUUCUAAAAAGUUCUUUACAGAUUGAUCUAUGUUGUAUCAUAAUGAGGACAAAUAAAAAAUGUUAUCUGUGAGGAAAUGUCCAAAUGGAUUCAAUUUCUGCUGCUGAGACGUGCAUGAAUAAAUUUCUUAUUUUGUAA